AUGCUGAAAAGAGUAUUGGAAGACAUAACAAAUGUGCGAAACACAAACAUAAAAGUGACAAUAAAAAAAGAAGAAGUUCCUCUUCGUAGAGAGAUUCUGUCUCCCUACCUGGAAUAUGCCGAGGCGUACUACAACCACCUGAACAGGAAACUUGCAGAGUUCUCGGAAAUACUGAGGGAGUACGACUGCCCCGAGAGCAUGUGCCUUUACACGCAGGGCGCAGCCUUUUAUGCAGCGCACAAGGAGGAAGACAAGUACGCCUUUGGGGCAUCUGAGAGCAUGUCUCCUGCAAGCAGCCUGCUUGGAAACCUUAUUACAGCACAGCCUGGGCGCCUGGGCGGCAGGUCGUUCGUUGUAGGGAAAGAGAACGAGUUUAUGCCGAACGUGGACGAAAAAUUGUUCUCUCUCCCCCUGGAGGAAGUCCUUGGGAAAAGUGGGAAAGACUCCGGGGCGAGAGAAGAAAGAAGUGGGCCGCAGAGGAAGAGGAAGUGCGAGGAGAGUCCGGGCGAGAGAAGGCCCAGGCAGGCGGAAGAGCAGGGCGUUCCGGACAGAGUCUCUGCUGCGAGCCCAGAGCGAGUCGACUGCUCGUCCUCGGAGGAGGUGGAGCUGGAGAGCGGAAGCGCCAGGAGGGAGAGCCCCUUGGCGCGGCGUAAUAGAGAAAUAUCGAUAGAAAUGAGGACCACGCUUAUAGAGUGGAUGUACGACGUGAAAACAGAGUUUAGCCUGAACAGCACAUCGUACCAGACAGCAGUCAGAAUCGUAGAUAAAUACGCGCUGGUGGGGAGUCUCUCCAAGAAAAAGUACCAGCUUGUCGGGGCAGUCAGCCUCUUUGUUGCGAAUAAGCUCGUGGAGUGCGAGUCCCGCGGGCUUAUGGCGUACUUGGACGUGUGCGACGGAGCAUACACGAGGAGUGAGUUCCUGGGGUGCGAGAGGGAUAUGCUCAUGAAAAUUGGGGGGUGCCUGAACUUUCUUCUUCCAAUGCAUCUUAUUAAGGAGGACCGGUUUUUGCUCGGGAACUCCCUCACAGAGUACGCCAGUGAGGCAGUGCUUCUGGAUGCCUCGUACGCAUGCCUCCUGCCGAAGGAGCUUUCUGCCUUUAUUGAGGCAAAUGUGGUGGCGUGCCUGGGGGUGGAGAGCUCUCUGGCACGUUUGCUUCUCUUCUGA